AUGACUGAUGCUAAGAGAUACAAAUUCUUAGAAAGAAUUGAUGGCAAGGAUAAUUCCAAUAAUUCUACGACAGUUUGGACUGCUGAAGAUUCCAAAUCUGGCAAUAUGAUAGCCAUCAAGAGAAUCAAUUUGGAAAAUAAAUGCAUUAAGGACCUUGAAAUUUUACGGAAUGAAAUUGCUGCUGUCAGAUCGUUUAAACAUCCUAAUAUUAUUUGCUAUUACGAUGCUGCUACCGUUGGGAACGAAACUUGGUUAUCAAUGCCUUACUAUUCAUAUGGAUCGUCUGUAAAUCUAUUUGCAAUGGAUAUUCUACCCAAUCAAAAGGAAUUAUUACUGAUGCAUGUCUUGCGCUCAGUAUUGAACGCGCUAAUCUAUUUACACGAACUCGGUUAUGCACAUAGGGAUAUCAAAGGUAAGAAUAUUUUAAUCUCAGCUAAUGGAAACGUAUGUUUAAGCGGAAUGGAUAAAGCUACUAAGAAGUCCACCUUUAAACAAGACUGGGUUGCUCAUGAAUUCAUUGAAAGAGCAGCUGAUAGCGUUGUAUGGGCUGCUCCUGAACUUCUUGCUCAAGAUAUACAUGGCUACAAUUGUAAAGUUGAUAUUUAUAGUCUUGGUAUGACUGCUGUAGAACUGGCCUAUGGUAGGAUUCCCUUUGAUGAUAUGCCAGUAACUCAGAUUUUAUUAGAAAAAUUAAAUGGUAUUUCCCACGCUAGAAUUCACAGUUUUAUUCAGAACACAACGGAUGUAGUAUUUUCGAACUCUUUCUAUCAGCUCCUUGAUAGCUGCUUCAAGUCAGACUCAGAUAGAUGGUCGGCAGUCCAGCUAGCAACACAUCCAUUCUUUAAGCGGAUUAAAAUAACUAAUGAAGAUAUCCUACAGGAAUUUCUACACUUAGCCAAGCCCAUUAGUGAAUUUAAAGUGUCUGAAGGUGAUUACUAA